AUGCCUCUCUCGAGUGGUGGGUAUCAACAGGCUGCUGGUGGACCUGGUGGGCUUGUGGGUCACUGGGAAUCAGUUCGCGGGCUUGUUGACGGUGCCAAAAGCCCUGAGAUCCCGUCAUUGGAAGAAUCCCACCACCUGCUGGAUCAAUUUCUGUACUACCUGGGGGUGAGCCAGCACUUCUUUGACCCGCGUUCGUUUUCGGACUCUAUGGUACUUUUUUUCCAAUCGCCCGAGACCCGGGAACAACAGAAACGGACGACUUGGUUUACAGAGUAUCUUCUCGUCAUGGCCAUGGCGAAGCUCAUGGAUGUUGACCAGGCUGCGUCUCAGCCACCGGGGUCAGAUCUGUUUGCGGAGGCGCUGGGUCGUAUUCCCCCGCUGCAAAACCUUGGUGAAGAGGGCGUGAUUGCGGUGGAGAUCCUGACAUUGGUUGCCACAUAUCUACAAUGGUGUGAUCGAAAACACGACGCAUACCUUUAUGUAUGUUCGCUUCUUCGCCGAGUUCACUCUAUUUAUUGA